AGUGUCGGAAAAUUUCAAUGGGUUUCCACGGAUGUGGCGUUCUGAGUAUUUCUGACGAGGGAGACAGUCAAAAGUGCACGUGAAAACCGGCGACUUUGAAGGCGGGUACCUCGAUCGCGUAGCUCCUUGUCUCUGAAUCCGGUCGGCUCUCCGAGGGUGAAUGGCAUUCUUUUCCCCCUCGUAGCGUUGUCAAGCCUACUUCAACGAAACCCUGUUUCGCAGAAGUGAACUUUGCGAGGAACGAGAGGCAAACAAAAUACCACUUCGGACCACCAGGCUGCUUUACUGGAGAGACCGUUGCCCUCGUGCUUCGCCCUUCGUCAAAGCUGGCUGUUCCAGGAUGUCGACUCUGACAGCAAACGGCGCAGGUGCUGCUUGUGCAACACCCGUUGAGUCUGCCGUAGGAUCUAACGCCAAUCAGGGUGGAGUUUCCCUGGAUUUGGCGACAGCUGCAGACAGCGCUCCCGCGAUGCCCCACGAAGAAGUUGGCCUCUCCAAGCGGAAGUCGCAGGUACACGAGCCGCUGAUCAAGGCCGAGGCGCAAGAAGACGACGUUUCUGUCCCUGUUGGAGAGCACUCAAAGAAGGAAGACAACGACAUUACCUGGGUGGUGCUCGCUCUGCUGGCCUCUUUCAUUUGCCCUCCCAUCGGCUGCCUCGCGUUUUGCCUCAACCUACGUUACCCUGAGGACUCUCGAAGAUACUACUGGGCUGUGCGAGCACUGGAAGUCGGGAGCUUGCUGUCGUUUGUGUAUUCCCUGGUGCUAGUCGCGCUUCUUUCCGACCUGAAGUUGGUUUACACGCAGAACGACGCAGCGUAUAUCGGAGUGGGGUACUGAAAAGAGCCCCCAGCUCUGUGCGUUCAAAGCCGGCCUUGAGGCUCUGGUGAUCGUGAAGAAGUUCGGCUGUCUCCUGCUGUUUUAGAUGGGCUGGUUUCGAACUGGUAGAGUGGAUGCUCGUUUACUGGGCGGCGACGGCUGUUUUCCCAAAGAGUGCCUUUCGCCACAAGAGCAACGUGGGCUUGACAGGGACCCGAUCUAACGGGCCCCGAAAGGUGGUGCGGAUUUCUUGCAUCACCGUUUUUUUAUGCCAAGUAAUUGCCAUGGGUACGUCGGGCUCUCCUCAAGGAGGCGUCGAAAUGCUAGCAAAAAGUGCCAAGCAAAAGUAGCGAACCAACAAAGUGCGGGCAUCCUUGAGAACCCAUUUGGGGAAAAAAUGAACAAAUCGGGUUCCGUGGGGGUGCCUUUUCUCAGUCUGGUGAGGCGCACGUUUCUGUGGCUGUGAAGACAGAAGAGAGCUCGUCCGCUGUCUGGGCUUUCGGCCGGUCAUCCUCUUUUUGUUGGCCCUGGUACUUCCCUUGGCUCCGGGGCACCGGCAAACAACUCUGAAAACGCAAGUUUACCGUUUCCAGUUCUUCGCUCCAGGCAAACUGUAGAGGGCUAGCCGAAAAAGUAGACGAUCAAUGUGCACUUGUGGACAUCUGUAGGUGCACAUGUUAUUUUCCGUUGUUUGGUGGGUGACAGAGGAAUUACUCUCUUGGCUGUUUAAGCGCUGCACGGGAGCAACGUGUGGGUGUGUUGAUUCGCAUGCAUGCAGUUGGGCCUUCUGGCCCCCCAGUGGCAAUGCAACCUCGAACGGGCUGUCGGGAAUUUGCCACGAGAGGUGGAAUGUCAGGGACUGGUAGGAAGUCAGUGAAAGGGUGAAGGGUUUGUGUGUGCGGUUCACGAAGCAAGACUGGGACGCGUACGGGGUAUUGUGGACACUUCAGUCCUAUUUGAGCAGCUUCCCAGUUUUUUGGUAUGAACCAAAAAGUAUACAGUUUUAAAAAAAGACAAAGGAAUCUAUCUGCCAUCACUGAUAGCGCAGGUUCAUUGUAUGUGUUGUGUCAGGAGUGGAGCUGCGUUAUGUGAAAUGCUGUCUCGUAGAACCCGAAGACGCAUGUAGCCCAGUUGCGCGUUGUUCUCAUCUAGCUCAAGACUUUCUUGUCGAAUGCACACUUUGGAGAUGCGGCGGAGCUGGUUCAUCGCAGAUGGUGCACGUACUUCCACUGAAAAUGAAGGCCUU